AUGAUAGAAGUAAUAUUAAAUGAUCGAUUAGGAAAAAAAAUAAGAGUUAAAUGUAAUCCAGAUGAUACCAUAGGAGACUUAAAAAAACUUGUUGCCGCUCAAACAGGUACAAGAGCUGAUAAAAUAAGAAUUCAAAAAUGGUACAUUAUUUAUAAAGAUCACAUUACUUUACAAGAUUAUGAAAUUAAAGAUGGUAUGAGUUUAGAAUUAUAUUAUAAUUGA